UAGAUCUAGAUUAGAAACCGCUAGAUCUAGAUAAUAUUUUUCUAGACAUGUCUUUGCCAGGACAGGAUAAUGCAGGAAGACUAAAGGGUGUCACUGUUGUUAAACCUGUUAUCUAUGGCAACAUUGCUCGAUAUUUUGGGAAGAAAAGAGAAGAGGAUGGACACACGCAUCAAUGGACGGUCUAUGUUAAGCCAUAUAAAAAUGAGGAUAUGUCUGCCUAUGUAAAAAAAGUAAAUUUCAAACUACAUGACAGCUAUCCAAAUCCUAAUAGAGUUGUCACAAAACCACCUUACGAAGUAACAGAAACUGGAUGGGGAGAAUUUGAAAUUAUUAUCAAGAUUUAUUUUAACGAUCCAAUGGAAAGACCAGUUACCAUCUACCAUUUGUUGAAAUUAUUUCAAAGUGAAACAGAUGUCAUGCUAGGGAAAAAGUCUCUUGUUGUAGAGUUCUAUGAUGAAAUGAUUUUUCAAGAUCCAACAACAGCAAUGAACUCGAUGCUUGCCAAUACUACAUCCUUGGGUAUUGGACCAUACAAACAUGAGACGGAUUUUGAAGAAAAACGAGAGCAAACAAAAAACAAGAUCAACAAUGCUCACAGUAAGAUUAGAUUUGAAAUUGACCAGAUGAAUGAAAAAUUAAAGAAAGCUAAAGACUCCAUAGCUAAAAUGAAGAAAGAAAUCUCCAAGUUAGAAGAAGGUGCAGCAAUAGAUGCAGAUCAUACGUUAUGAUAAUAAACUCAUCUGACU